AUGUCAACGCCACAAUUACGGUACUCAAGUGUUGGCCACAUUUGUGUGGCCCUGCUGCUGCUGCUGCUGCAGCUGCAAGCGCGCACAACUGUGGCGCAAGGAUUUGGGCUCAAUUUGAUGCAGGUGCCCAGCGAGGACAAGUCUCAGGCGGCAUGCAGCUUGGCGCUGCUACAAAAAUAUUUCAAUUCCGGCGAUGCGUUGUCGGGCGCCGUGCUCUGCGUGAGUGUCACACAGAACACUCCCGAUGUGCUGGAACAGCUGAUGCGGGCCUUUGAUCUGCACCAGAGUUACACGUGGAGCAUACUGGUAACAAGCCCGCGGCAAAAACAAAUCUCCAAUUCCAAUAUGCAGGUCAUGCAGGAGAAGCCGCAAUGUUAUUUUCUCAUUGUGGAGGAUCUGGACGAUGAGGAUCUGGAGGAGACAUUCGGCUAUUGGCGACGCAUGCUCAACUGGAAUCCCUUGGCACAGUUUGUGGUCUAUUUGGCAUCUAUAGAGGACACAGAUGAGGAGAUGACAGACCUGAUGGUAGAGAUACUUUUGACCUUUAUGAGCAACAACCUCUACAACGUGAAUGUGUUUGGCCAGAGCGAAGAGAAUAGCUUCUACUAUGGCAAGACGGUAUUUCCAUAUCAUCCGGAUAAUAAUUGUGGCAAUCGUGUGAUUGCCAUCGAUCUCUUGGAUGCCUGUAGCUAUGUGGAUGGGGAAGAAUCUGACAACGGCAGUGACGACUAUGACGACGAGGAGACAAGCCUCGAGGAGGAGACUGAUGAAAAUCAAAGUGAUGAAAAUAUGCCAACAGACGAUGUGCAUGAUACUGAAACAACCGAAGAUGAACAAGUGGGAUUCAAUGCAAUAGAACGCUCCUAUUCGGAAUCAUAUGCUGCCGCUGAGGCAUCCAUGGAGUCAUCGACAAUGGAAAAUAGCGCUGAGAGGGUUAACGUCAACGGAUCAGCGCCAACAAAUGGCACUCAGUCCGAGACAACAGUCGAGGAAUAUUUGCGCGCCCGCUUUGAGGAUAAGUUUCCAAGGGAUCUGAGCGGUUGUCCCAUUAGAGCUGCCUACCGGGGUCCUUGGGAGCCCUACAUAUUCACCAUUGCGGAGACCAAUGCGCCGGAGAUGGCAAAUUACGAGGAGGGUGCUUCAGCUAAUGUAACCGAGAUAAGCUACGAUGAAGGCAUUGAUGUGGAAGACUAUACCAUUGAGAAUGGCAAUCCCGGCAGCCAUGACACCGAUGAAACCUUGGGCUUCACCAAGCUGACUGGCAUUGAGUAUCAGCUGGUGCAGACCAUAGCCCAGCGACUGCACAUGAGCAUCGAUUUCAAGACGAAGAGCACCAAUGUGUUUCAUCUCUUCCAGCAGCUGAUUGAGGGUCAAAUCGAAAUGAUUGUCGGCGGCAUCGAUGAGGAUCCCAGCAUUAGCCAGUUUGUAUCCAGCUCCACAUCGUACCAUCAGGAUGAGCUCACCUGGUGCGUGGCCAAGGCGAAGCGCGAGCACAGUUUAUUCAAUUUUCUGGCAAGCUUUGAUACCAGUGCUUGGCUUUUGCUGCUGCUGUUCAUCAUUGUCAGCUCUUUAGCUGUGCUGGUGGCGCAGCAUGUUUCCGCUGUUAAGCUUAACAGUCAGCACAAUUAUCUGACCAUCUGCCUGCGCAUGCUGGGCAUACUGCUAACCCAGGCGACUAAUGUGAAUACCCGAACCUUGUCGUUGGCGCUGCGAUUGGUCUUCUUCACUGCCUUCAUUUUGGCCUUCUUCUUCAGCAACACCUAUCAGAGUUUCUUGAUAAGCACACUCACAACUCCGACCACACAGGCUCAAAUAAGCGAACUGGAAGAGAUCUAUGGCAAACGCAUGACCAUUAUGGUCAGUUCCGAAAACGUGCGGCAUCUGAACAAGGAGGGCGAGACCUUCAAGUACAUACGCGAAAAGUUCCAGAUUUGCUAUAAUAUUGUGGAGUGCCUCAACUACGCUGCCGACAACGAGCACAUCGCCGUGGUUGUGUCCCGGCAGCACGCGUUCUACAACGCCCACAUACAACGGAAUAGGCUCUACUGUUUCGAUCGCCGGGAAUCCUUGUAUGUGUACCCAGUGGCCAUGCUGCUGCCCAAGAAAUAUCAUUUGCUGCACCACAUCAAUGCGGUGAUACAGCACGUAAUCGAGUCGGGUCAUAUGCAGAAGUGGGCACGGGAUCUGGACAUGGUGCGCAUGAUACAGGAGAAGAUCGCACGCGUGCAAGAGGAUGCCUUCAAGGCGCUGACACUUGCCGCCUUUCAGGGCGCCUUUCUCUUCGCCAGUCUACUGUUGCUGCUGGCCAGCGGCGUCCUUGUCCUGGAGUGCCUGGUCUACUGCCUGGUGGUUAGGUGGCGCACGCGUCUCCGGCUACUGCGCUGCCUGCACCGCCGAUUGACUUACGGCAGGACGUAG